CUCACCACGCUGCUUCCAGUGCCUGAUUGUUUGCUUGGAUUCCUUUUCUCUCUGUCCCGUGUUUCUCAUGCUGCUGAGCGGACACUCCUCGGCUUCAGCCAGCAGUGCUCAGCAGCAGGCAGCAGACUCCUCAAGAAGUGUCCGAGCGGACACCACCAUUACUACCAGAGGGAGCCCCCCACCAGCAGCCAGCACGGGACAGCAAUGUGCAGGCAGCAUGGCCAAAUGGAUCAAGGAGCACCUAGGGUUCAAGAGCUCCAAGCCACCGCCUCCAGCCCCUCCUAAACCGGAUUACCGGCAAUGCCUAGCUGGGGGAGCCCCUAUUCAUCAUCACCACCACCAUCAUCAUCUUCACUCCACUGGACCUCAAUUCCCAGUAGCUCCAGCAGGACAACCGGAUAUUUUGGCUGCAUACAAGCUACAGAAAGAUAGGGACUUUGAGGACCCCUAUACUCCUGCGAGUGCCACAGGUUCAAGUACCUCUCAAAACUCCUCCACAGCCCCUACAUCAGUGCCUGCUGCUAAUACAGCUCAGUCGCCUUCAUCACCAUGUCCUUCACCUGACGUCAAGUAUGUGUCUCCCAAACACAGGCUCAUUAAAGUGGACACUGGGGACAAAGGGGGCUCAAGUCCCACCAGUAGCACUAACCCGGGAGCCUCUAACCCAGGACAGCAGCCCUCUGUGGUAUCCAACAUGGGAACACCAGGGAUCAAGUCUCCCCCUGCCACAUCAGUUGUCUCCCAGUCUGAAGACUGCAAGCAGGAUAAAGUUAUAAUUCUUGAAGACUAUGCAGAUCCAUUUGAUGCUAAACAGGUACCUGGCAAUCAGGUGGCCCCUGAGAAAGUAGCUGAAAAUGAUGGUUACAUGGAACCAUAUGAAGCCCAGAAGAUGAUGGCAGAAAUUCGUAGAAGAGAAUCCAAGGAGCUGCCCUGUAAACCAUUACAUUUGUAUGAUACUCCGUAUGAGCCCUCUGAAAAUGGAUUUGAUUCAGAAGGGGAAAUAUCAGCAAGCCAACGGCCGCGUGAAUCUAGAUUGCCACAAGAUGACGAGAGGCCUCCCGAAGAGUACGACCAACCUUGGGAAUGGAAGAAAGAUCGAAUCUCAAAAGCCUUUGCAGUUGAAAUGAAGGUAAUCCAAGACCUUCCUUGGCCACCGCCAGUGGGACAACUGGACAGCAACAUGGCCAACCAAGAAAGUGAUACGAAUGCGUCAUUUUCGCAGCAGCCUCCAUCUUCUCCAUACUUACCAUCCCAGGGCAGCCUUGAAGACACCAAUGCCCAGUUUGAGGGUGCUGACAAAACAGGCAUGUCACCAUCCAAAGACGACAAACUCAGACACACGCACAGGCAUUCAGCUGGAAACUUGAAGGCAAUCAAGCAUCCAAGUGUAGAACACACCAACUCAGUGGGAGAAAGAAUAGAUCCUUCACUACCGUUAGAGAGUCAAUUCUGGUACCAUGGUGCAAUCAGCCGCACAGAUGCAGAGAGCCUCCUCAGGCUGUGUAAAGAAUCAAGCUACCUGGUUCGAAACAGCGAGACCAGCAAGAUUGACUUUUCCUUAUCCCUGAAGAGCAGUCAAGGAUUCAUGCACAUGAAGCUCUCUCGUACCAAAGAAAGCAAGUAUGUUCUUGGACAGAACAGCCCACCAUUUGAUACCGUGCCAGAAAUCAUCAAUUACUAUUCCAGCCGCAAAUUACCAAUAAAGGGAGCAGAACAUAUGUCUUUGCUGUAUCCAGUUGCAAUCCGGACAUUAUAGCACUCUGCUACUGGAUACCACCAGACGCCCAAUACCGACAGACUAAGGAAAGGUUCAAUAUUGCUUUUGUUUUACCAUAUGGGGGAUAUCUUUUUGUUCAGAAGAUGUUGGCAAGGAAUGGUCACCAUAAUACAACUGCACAAGGUUAUGCCAAGUGUUACCGAAAUCUGACCAACUUUAACAUUUCUAUGCCCCCUCAACAUUUGAAGUAAGGACAUGUACAAAAACAGUUAAUUGAUGGUACGUAGUGGAUUCAGUAAAAUACACAUUGGCUUUUUUAGCUUCUUAUGUGUUAUAAGAGAUAAAAUUAUAGAUGCUCAAAGUCCAUCCUUGCUCCACCCUCAACAACAAAAACAGAUGGAUCUUUCUGAUGUUCAGUAAAUCUUCCAGAUCAAGAUUCAAUAUCUUGAAAGAACAUACGUGUGGCAAGGUCCUUGAAUGUUAUCCCGGUCUGAAGGCCUAGAGACUAACUUUGAGAAAUGAUGGGUAUGAGAAAGUAAUCUAUUUUAGCAGGCUUAAUUUUUGGAGCCUGUUUAACUAAACUCAAACUGUAAAGAUGGGAUUGUGGGUCCCAAGUGUUGCAAUACUACUAGAUCUUCGAAGUGCUUGUUAUUUAAAAUUAAAACCUUGUUUUUAUUUCUCUAUAUUCUCUCGCAUUCGUUCACUGUUGGAAAACUAGAAAAUACAUUGUACACCAGUUUGCAA